AGUAAAGAACCCUCCGCAUUAACAUAAACUCUUGUUCAAGCCAAGAAACUAAGAGAAAAUGGCGAGCAACAGAGUGUGCUGCAGGUGGUGCCGGACAAUAUAUGUGGUGCCACUCGACGCGCAGAGUCUCUCCUGUCCAAGCUGCUGUGCUUAUGCAGCAAAUGGUAGGGUACAGAAAAGCAAUGCACCACCAAAGCAGCUGAGUGAGCUCUCUCAUGCUUAUGGACAUAAACGAGCCGUGCUGUGUGGCAUUACCUACAAGGGGCAUAGAAACAGCCUUCGGGGCAGUGUCAACAACGUCACGUCCAUGAAGAGGCUUCUGCUCCAGAAGUUCCGCUUUCCCCUCUCCAGCAUCCUCGUUCUAACAGAGGAGGAAGAGGACGACAGGCGUAUACCAACAAAGAGAAAUAUCCAUAGGGCACUGGGGUGGCUUGUAGAAGGCAGCCGGGCAGGGGACUCGCUGGUGUUCUUCUACUUGGGGCAUGGUUCACAGGUGAGGGACCAUGAUGGGGACGAGUUGGAUGGAUACGACGAGUCCCUAUUGCCGGUUGACUACGAGACAGAGGGAAGGAUACUGGAUGAUGAACUGAAUGUGAUCAUUGUUAGGCCGUUGCCGAGAGGGGCAACCCUUCAUGCCAUCAUCGACUCUUGCUUCAGUGGCACCUUUUUAGAUCUCACAAAUGUUUGCAGAAUCAACAGGCAAGCGUACUACAAGUGGGAGGAUCAUAGCCCCCCGAAUGGCGCCUACAAAGGCACCAGAGGGGGAUUGGCCAUCUCUAUCAGCGCAUGCGAUGAUCAUCAGAUCUCCGGAGACACCACUGCUUUCAAUGGCAUUCCAACGGGGGCGCUUACUUACAACUUUGUCCAGACAUUGGAGCAAGCCAAGAGAGUGAGUUAUGCGCAUCUGAUGCUUGCCCUGCGCAACAGAAUAGGGGCAGUACAACAGGCUCUUAAUCUUAACAGAUAUGGCCCCAAAGCAAUACAGGCAAGCAUCUACAAGUGGGAGGAUCAUUAUCUCCCGAAUUCCGCCUACAAAGGUACUAGCGAGGGUUUUGCCAUCUCUAUCAGCGCCUGUGAGAUCAUCAGAGCUCAAGAGAUACCACUGCUUUCACGGGAAAUGCAACGAGGGCGCUUACUUACAGCUUUGUCCAAACAUUAGAGCAAGAGAAGAAACUAAGUUAUGAGAAUCUGCUGCUUGCCCUGCACAACAGAAUCGGGGCAGCACAAAAGGCUCUUGGUCUCAACACAAAUGACUCCAAAUCAACGCAGGAAACUCACCAAUGCUAUAUAUUAAUUCAUAUCCAAUCGAAAUGGAUAGAAUCAAGAAAUUAGGAGAUGAAGAUAAGUACAGACCCAUCUGUCCAGUAAAAGUUUCUCUAGUUCAAAUUUAGCUAUAAACUUAUUCAAGUUAAAUUUGAUUUUGAGCAAUUCAACACAUCCUUUGCACAUUAACUAGAUAUAUUCAUAGAUACUCCUAAAUUUUGGAUGUACUAAUUAAUAUGGAGUAAUACUUAUUGGUUGUUUACAUUUA